UCUUCUUUCCCUUUAAAAAAAGCCUCCAUCUCAUUUUCAAGACCCAAGCAGCACGCUGUAUAUCUGACAAAGACAGAAAAAUAAGAGGGUGGGUUGAAAGGUAAAAGAUCGGGAGGAAGAAGAAGAAGAAGCAUGAGUGGCUCCAGCGAACGAAAGAAAGCAGCCUUACAUGGAAAGUUGCAGCAACUUCGUUCUGUAACUAACUCCACCGCGGUGAAUACAGCAUCCAUCAUAGUUGAUGCUUCGAGGUACAUAAAAGAGUUGAAGGAAAGAGUAGAAAAGAAAUAUCAAGAUGUUGCAGCAACUUCACAAAUAUCAUCAGGUGACCCAAACGCAUUACCCGCGGUAACCGUGGAAACCCUAGAAAAGGGAUUUCAGAUUAACGUGUUUUCAGAAAAGAACUGCCCUGGCCUGCUGGUAUCCAUUCUGGAAGCCUUCGAGGAGCUAGGUCUGGAAGUAUUGGAUGCUAAGGUUUCUUGCUCGGAUAAUUUCCGCCUCGAGGCCGUUAGUGAAAACGAAGGGCAAGAGGAUAACAUAGAUGCCCAGGUGGUUAAACAGGCAGUGUUACAGGCCAUCAGGAACUGGAGCGCAAGUAGUUAUGAACAAGAAUAACCUUUUCAGCAACAAGGUCAAUGUAAUGUUAAUUCUCUUCUCUCUAGUUUUCUUUAGAUCCUUGCUCUUCUUGUUGUGGAUUCGUAGCGUGCAGUAAGAAAUCAUGUGAUGAAAAAGGCGGAGCACUCAAUCUUUUAAAUUCUAUUAAUGAUCUAGUGGUGAGCAAAUUCAGCGUGUUUGGAUUGAAAAUUA